AUGGAUGCAUUGAAACACUUUCUUAAGAAACGAGGUCUUAAGGUCUCUGGAAGGAAAGAAGAGUUGGUUGCCGGCGUUUUCGCUGCUGCAGAACAAAACAUGCCUGUUUGUUUGGAUGCUGCCUCCCGGGUUGCUCAGACGCAACGUGAAAGAGAGAGUCUUCUCAAAACUCCUGAAGGCGUUUUACCGGAUCCUAGUGAACUUCAUAAUGGAUGGAUAGGUGAACUUAACGGGAUGACCAAGUGGCCACCUAUACUUCUCAGUGAUAUUACUUUGUACAUAAUGAAGGAUCAUCCAGGGAACGAUAUUUCCCUUCAAAAACGUCUUCUGAAUGAGUACAAAGAGGGAAAAGCCUAUCGCUUAUAUUCUGCUGGAUGGUUAAAACAAAUUUAUAUACAUCCUGUUGAUAAUAACUGUAACUACUGUUUCUUGAAGGCAGAAUGCACCCCUUCUAUGAAAAUAAAUGAUGUACCACACAUAGUGUGGAUAUGUGCGAAGAAAGAGUCAGGAGAGAUUCACAGUGCCUUUUGUACCUGUACAGCAGGGUAAGCCAUUUCCUUUAAAGUAAGUGAUUUUAGUAACAUAUAGCUACCAGUAUGUCCCUCACAAAAAUUCCUAUAUAGCUAUAUAGCUCUACUGGAAAAAAGAAAUAAAUUAUCCUAGUAGUUCUGCAUUAGAAUAAGGAAUCAGAGUACUUAAAAAGACACACGAAACCACAAUAUACACUGUAAUCCUUUCUGUAGGUUGGGUGGUUCUUGUGUCCACAUUACUGCCAUGUUCUUUCGCAUUGAAGCAGCUGUAAGAGGUGGAUUCACAAACUUAGUAGUGGCAUGCACUUCAAAGGCCUGCACAUGGAAUGUUCCCUCCCAAAAAACUGUUAUUGAGCCUGUUCGUGCCAAAGAUAUGAAUUUCACAGCAGCUAAAUUCAACAAAUGUGUGAACGCUGUAUGUUAGCUAAUAUAGGUAUAGUUCUUAUUGGCAUAUUGUUAGACUCCCAUCAUCAUCAUCAUUAUCAACAGAUGCUCUCAUGGACAGGGUUAUCAACAUGUUCUUAACCCCAAUAAUGAUGGCUCAUGGUAGUCAGAUGUAAUGUAGGUAAUCCGUGAUUGAAAAAGAAUGAAAAUAGAACACUGCACUGCUUUUACACAUGCCGCUGUAAGCAACUGCUGACGUCUGUAAAGAAUCAGCUCGCUAAUGACCUUUGCAAAAUGAAACUAUAGAAGAGCCACAAUCAAAAUAUUAUACAGACACAAGCAUCAAUGGUUCCUGGAUAUCCCUGGCCAUUUUUUUUUUAAAAAAAAAACCGACCGGUUCUUUGUUAGCUGAAAAAUUUAUUGUGUAGACAACAAGUGAUCCUGUGGUUGUCUUUUUAAUACAGGUUUCACUAUAUUGCUGGUCUUAUUUAACAGAUAAAAAUUUUAACUCUUGGGCGAAAUAGAAAUAUUUAAGACUGUAUGAUGGAAUUGUACUUUUCAGGGAUUUUUGUUUAUUAAGACAAUCUGUUGUCUAAGCAGGAUGUAAUAACUUAUAGGGUGCGUGCAUGCCACAUCCUUUAAAGGCUCUUUUAAUAUGUAUGUGAAUUUCUUUCACAGAG